CUUCUACGCCCAGAAGAGGAUGCUUAAAUUUUAACACGCGUGAACAAAAAUCCAAACGCCCAGAAAGGGCACGUAGGCUGGCGUAGGAGAGACUCGCUUUUUAAGAUAUUUCUUCUUGUGCGAGAGAGUGAGCAGGGCAAUUGAUUCAAAGGCAAAUCCUUAUCAUCUUCUUUCCUCGUUCACACUACAACCUAUAGACUUGUCAUCAUACCCUAAUCUUGUGUACAAGAUGUUCACACCUAUCGCUCGUCGUGCUGCUCAAAAGCAAAUUGGCAAUAUUGCCUCUUUGCCUCGUUCGCUACACACAAGUCCCGUUAGCAGAUUGGCAAUGCCAGUAACAUCUUCACCAACAUCUGCAUAUGCAAAGGAAAAACAGGCAAACGGAAAAUACUUGGUCACUUUGAUCCCAGGUGAUGGUAUCGGACCUGAAGUGGCAAACAGUGUAAAAGAAAUAUAUCGUGCUGCAGACGUUCCGAUCGAUUGGGAAGAAGUUGAAGUUACACCUUUGAUCAGAAACGGUAAACAAAUCAUUCCUGAUGACAGUGUUGCAAGUAUUAAAAAGAACACAGUCGCUCUUAAAGGUCCUUUGGCAACUCCAAUCGGUAAAGGUCACGUUUCUAUGAAUUUGACACUCAGAAGAACAUUCAACCUUUUCGCAAACGUUCGUCCUUGUCGUUCGAUUCAAGGUUAUAAAACACCUUAUGACAACGUUGACACAGUCUUAAUUCGUGAAAACACAGAAGGAGAAUACAGUGGUAUCGAACAUGAAGUGGUCGAUGGUGUAGUUCAAAGUAUCAAAUUGAUCACUUUAGAAGCAUCUGAACGUGUCGCUCGUUACGCUUUCCACCAUGCCGAACAAAAUGGAAGAAACAAGGUUACCGCCGUUCACAAGGCAAACAUUAUGAAAAUGUCCGAUGGUAUGUUCUUGCACGCUUGUCGUCAAGUUGCCAAAGAAUACCCUCACAUUGAGUACGAUGAAGAUUUGUUGGAUCGUGCUUGCUUGCGUAUCGUUCAAGAUCCCGCUCCAUACGCUGAUCGUGUGAUGGUUAUGCCAAACUUGUACGGUGACAUUUUGUCCGACAUGUGCGCCGGUUUGAUCGGAGGUUUGGGUUUAACACCUUCAGGUAACAUUGGUAAAGAUGCUUCUCUCUUUGAAGCCGUCCACGGAACAGCACCAAUGAUCGCAGGAAAGGAUAUGGCCAACCCAACCGCUCUUUUGCUAUCCAGUAUUAUGAUGUUGCGUCACAUGUCUCUAUUCGAACAUGCUGACAAGAUCGAAUCUGGUGUUUUCAGCGCAAUCGCACACGGUGAACGUACUGGAGAUUUGGGCGGUAAGCACGGUACUAAAGCAUUCACAGAAUCCAUCAUUAAACGUUUGGGAGAGAAGCCACCAUCGCAAUAAACACCAACGAAUCAUUACGAAGCAGUUAAGCGCACGUCUUAUACUAUAAAACUCUAUACAAAUCCAUAAAUAUGUACUUACACACUCAUACAUCCAUUGACUAUUGAAUCACUGAUGCACAUUAAAACAGAGUCGAUCACACCAAAAGUUUAUC